UUGCUUGGGUUUGCCUUUAGGCGCUCUGGUUUCCUCCCACAGUCAGAAAAGAAUCUUAUGAUAGUGAACGACUCUGAACUAUCCAUAGGUCCGAAAGGGAAGCAAUAGAAGAGUCGCAGAAAGGACGAAAGAUUUCUGCGCAUGCGUUUCAGCAACGUUUAUUUUGAAGGCCAAGACCGGAAAUGCGCUGUCGCUGUCAGGGCGGUGCACGUCCGUUUGUUGCUGCUCCGCUUUUCUGAAUUUAGGAAGACUGCAUCAAGAAGUGAGUGUGACAGUAUCCAGGACCGAGAGAAGACGACAAGUAACGUUUUUGGAGAGAACUUAUCCGGCAGCAGACAGAGAUGGCAGCAAUCCGGAAGAAGUUGGUGAUCGUCGGGGAUGGAGCUUGUGGGAAAACCUGCCUCCUCAUUGUGUUCAGUAAAGACCAGUUUCCGGAAGUCUACGUCCCAACAGUAUUUGAGAACUACAUCGCUGACAUCGAAGUGGAUGGAAAACAGGUGGAGCUGGCUCUCUGGGAUACUGCAGGACAAGAGGACUACGACAGGCUGAGGCCGCUUUCAUACCCUGACACGGAUGUCAUCCUCAUGUGCUUCUCCAUCGACAGCCCAGACAGUUUAGAAAAUAUUCCUGAGAAGUGGACGCCCGAGGUGAAACACUUCUGUCCCAAUGUUCCCAUCAUCCUGGUAGGCAACAAGAAAGACCUGAGAAACGACGAGCACACACGCAGAGAGCUGGCCAAAAUGAAGCAGGAGCCGGUCAAGACUGAAGAAGGCCGGGACAUGGCCAACCGGAUCAGCGCUUUCGGCUACCUGGAAUGCUCGGCCAAGACCAAGGAUGGCGUCCGGGAAGUCUUUGAGAUGGCCACCAGGGCGGCGCUGCAGGUCCGCAAGCGCAAGAAGAGGAGCGGCUGCACACUCUUGUGAGCCCAAGCUGUCACCAUUUAACCAACUGACCAGUACGAAACAACACACACACACACACACGAGAAGGACUGACCCUCUGACCAAACGGCUUGUUUGUACUGUAAACCAAUCCUGUUUAGGAACUGUCGAUGUUACCACUGUUUAGAUUAGUGUUGAUUUUGUUUUCUAAUUCUGUCUUAGGUUGUUUGUAUGUAACGCCACACUUUUGUCUGUCAGCAUCUUAAUUCUGAUCCGUGGAUGGAGAAGGAAAUUCUAAUUUGGCAGUAAGACGCUCGUGCCUUUGUUGUUUUGAGUUUGCUCGGCACCGGGGGAGCAAAACGGUCCUUGUUCUAUGGUAGUUGGUCUUGAAUAUACGUUUCACCAACGAGCACACAAGUUCUGUCAAACAUGAACUGAGCAUCGCCAGAUGUGAACACAGCCACGUUGAUGUCAUCUGUGCACAACAGGAGUUGGAGUUCACCUGCGUGAUGCCGCACAACCGGUCGGUCUGUUCUCAGUUCUCGUCUGAGCCGCUUGGCGUGUUCAUAACAACAUUCUCCGCAUGUCUCUUGAGAGGCAGCGCUUUGUCCCACCCGGUGCCAUGGCUGGUUCCCCUCACCUCCAGAUGACAAAUUGAAAAAUUGACUGACCUGACAAGAAAUCGAUGAGACAUGCAGCAGACUUGAUCUCACUCUCGUCCGCUUCUUUUUGUGUCCGAUAUUUAAACAGAAUUAGAAAACACUGCUCUAUACCGCUACUGCUGUUCCUUCACUCACUGCACAGGUCACGUUUGAGAUCCAGUCGCCAACACAUCUUCAGGAACUCGUAAUCUACUGGCGCACACCCACUGGUGCAUUCACUGACCUCGCUAUUCAAUACGUCGAUUGAAAAUAAACGCUGUGUGAUCAAUUGUGAAUGUAAGAGUGGAAAUAAAACCAAAACUGAAUUGAACAUUCUUGAUUUUGGAUUCGACUUCUUCAUGUGUUUGGAAGUGUGUGUUUCAACACCACUUGAGAUUCUCACUCAUAGGUCAGUCCAGUGGUGUGUUCGCUGACCAACCCCAAUCAGUUGUGGUUAUUCCAAACUAUAAAUUCAAGUUGGAUUUUUUUUUCAGUCUUUUUUUACACAGUGAUUUCCAAACAGAAGUGCAUUUAAACUUGUGUCAUAAGGUUGUCAACACAUUUGAAAGUAUUGAUACUGUCAAACUAUUAUCCAUAUCUGAGACCCAAAAUACAGAUAUCACGCACUCACAUUUAGUAUUCUAUAUAUGUAGCAUGAGCAUACGUACAGACUCACGAAUCUAAAACCGGUCCUGAACUGAGUUGGCAUAAGGUCAGUCUUUUAGGAGUGUCAAUACCAUUUGUAUACGUUUCAUGUUCAGUGAAUGAUAACAUAAAACCUUACUCACCUGUUUUUCUUCUUGUAUAACUAUAUCACUAAGUCUAAUGAUAGUUCAAUAUUAAAUGACUCUAGGGUGGUGUUUCAUGCUUUCAAGAACCGCAUCAGUAAUCUGACAGACGCUCCAAACUAAAACAUGAAAUGAUCAUCGGAUCAUUUGUCUUCCUGUUGAUCGUACUGAGGGUCAGCAGGGGCACGGAACGCUGCUGCUUCUGUGUGCGCGCUUAGCCAAAGCUGCAAGAUGCAUGAGGACUUCAAAUACACAAAUGUGAGGACGGCUUUACGCUCAGUGUUGUGCAACGUAUUGCUCCUCAUUCUGUAGAUGGAGAGGGAUUUCUAUGAUUAAGGCGCAUUGUUAUCAGCGCUUUGUAAACAAGACAGUGUUGUAGUGAAUGUUUUGAUCACAUGAUGAACAUUGGUAAUAAACUAUUUUUGA